AUGUCGACGAUCGCCUCGCCCCGCCCCUCCAGCUCGAUCCGCUCGCCCAGCUCGACGCGCACAUCGCUCGAAGUCCCCACCUCGUCCUCCCUCGCGCGGUCCUCGAGCAAAUCGCGCGGCGCGCGCAACCGCGACCGCUCCGCGCUGCGCGACUACUACAACCUGAAAUCUCCCGCUCUCGGGGGGCCGACGAGCCACCCUGCCGGGGCCGACGGUCUGGGCAUCGACAGCGUGAAGGAGGAGGACGCGGUGGAGGCGAGCGAGCUGGACAGGGAGGGGUUCAAUGCCGAGGAGUUUGUGAGGAGGACGUUGGAGCGGGAGGGGUUGGAGGGGGUGUUGAGGGUGGAGAGCGGGUUGGUUGGGCAGAUCAAGGGUCUGGAUGGUGAGCGGAAGGCGCUGGUUUACGAUAAUUACUCCAAGUUGAUCGCGGCGACGGAUACGAUUCGGAAGAUGCGCACGAACAUGGACCCCCUCACGCCAGCCACAUCGACCCUUUCCCCAGCCAUAUCGCACAUCGCCGAAACCGCGACCGCACUGUCCGCCUCCAUUGCCCAACAUGCGCUACCGAAGUCGCGCAGCAGCUCGCCGGCGUCGGUGGUGGAUGGAGGAGGGAAGAAGAAGAAAGUGGACGAGAAGGAGAAGCAGCGACAGACAGUGCGAUGGGUUCUUGAUGCGCCAAGGAGGCUGCGGGUGAAGGUCGAUGCGGGGGAAGUCGAGGAAGCGGCGAAGGAGUGGGAGGAGAUCAGGGGGUUGCUGGAGAAGUGGAAUGGUGUGCAGGGUGUGGACGAGGUGAAGAUGGCGUGUGAGGAGGCGAUGGUUGCGAGUAGAGUCGACUCAACGGAGGCGUCGUCUGGGGAAGAAGAGAAAAGGGAGUGA